UACUGUUGUAUUGUACCUGUUUAAACAUGGAAACACUGGACUGGACCGAAAAGAAAACUACUAACUAACUAGAAGGCAAGUCACGGAAAACGGAACUUGAAGGUUGGGAACUGCUGAGAGUGACAAGUAAAAUUUAAUUUUGUGAUUGUUUUGUAGGCGAUUUAAACAACACAAUGGCUGACACUGGAGGCUUGGGUAUUGAGGGAGGCCGAAUUGUCAAGAUGGAAGUUGACUACAGCGCCACCUGUGAUGAGAAAAUUCCAGAGUGCAAGAAAAUGGCACAGGAAGGAAAAAUGCAUGAUGCAUUAGAUGCUCUCUUAGCUCUUGAGAAGCAAACACGAACAGGGGCUGACAUGGUGUCUACCGGGCGUGUGCUCGUGGCUGUUGUACAGAUCUGCUUUGAGGCCAAAAACUGGGCUGCGCUGAAUGAGCACAUAGCUCUUCUGGCCAAACGACGCUCUCAGCUCAAGCAGGCAGUGGUCAAGAUGGUUCAGGAGUGCUGCACCUAUGUCGAUCUUGUCCCUAACAAGGAGACCAAACUGAAGCUCAUUGACACACUGCGUUCAGUCACUGAAGGGAAGAUAUAUGUGGAGGUGGAAAGGGCACGCCUCACACACAAACUGGCUCAGAUGAAGGAGGCGGAAGGCAAGGUGACGGAUGCAGCCAACAUCUUGCAGGAACUGCAGGUUGAGACUUAUGGCUCCAUGGAGAAACGUGAGAAGGUGGAACUAAUUUUGGAGCAAAUGAGACUCUGCCUUGCCAAGAAGGACUAUAUCCGGACCCAGAUCAUUUCCAAGAAGAUCAACACUAAAUUCUUUGAGGAUGAGUCUACGUCUGACCUUAAACUGAAAUAUUACAAGUUGAUGAUAGAAUUGGAUCAGCAUGAAGGAUUGUACUUGUCGACAUGCAAACACUACCGUGCAGUCCUGGCCACACCAAGUGUACAAGAGGAUGCUGCGCAGCGUCAUGUUGUAAUGCAGAAUGUGGUGUUGUAUCUGGUGUUGGCCCCAUAUGACAAUGAGCAGAGUGAUCUUACACAUCGUGUCCUCGAGGACAAGCUGAUAGAUGAGAUUCCGUCCUACAAGGAACUGUUGCGCCUGUUCAUCAAUCCUGAACUGAUCAAGUGGUCGGGACUGUGUGAGGUGUAUGAGCGAGAGCUCAAGCAGGGUUCGGCCACUGCCAAGCCCACAGAUGUCUUCACCAACUCUGAGGAUGGGCAGAAGCGCUGGAAAGAUUUGCGUAGUCGUGUUGUUGAACAUAAUAUUCGUGUAAUGUCCAAGUACUAUACUAGAAUCACUCUGAAACGAAUGUCUGAACUGCUCGACCUGCCUAGUGAGGAGACGGAGGAAUUCCUGAGUAACAUGGUAGUGGGAAAAACAGUUCAGGCCAAGAUUGAUCGACCCGCAGGAAUUGUCAGUUUCCGCACUAUCAAAGACCCCAGUGAUGUUCUCAAUGAUUGGGCGUCAAACCUGGACUCACUCAUGAGACUUGUAAACCAUACAACCCAUCUCAUUAACAAGGAGCAGAUGGUGCACAGGCAUCUCAUUUCGUGAAUGUGAACCUACUUCAGCUUUGAGCAAAUGUAUUCAUUAUAUUUAUAUUUCAAACUCAA